AUGGUACAAGGUAACAAUAGUUACUGUUUUGGGCUCGUCAUUUUGACCAUUCUUUCUGGAAUGACAGUUUCCUACUGUAUGAUUAUCCUUAUGCAUUUCUCGCCAAUCACCGCGAAGUGUAGUUCAUUGGCAACUCAAUUCUUGCAGAAAAUGGUUGACCGCAAAGCUGUGAUCAAGAAUGCCGACAUGUCCGAGGACAUGCAACAAGAUGCAAUCGACUGUGCAACGCAAGCGUUGGAGAAGUACAAUAUCGAAAAGGAUAUUGCCGCCUACAUCAAGAAGGAGUUUGAUAAGAAGUACAACCCUACGUGGCAUUGCAUCGUGGGAAGGAACUUUGGCUCAUACGUGACGCAUGAGACGAAGCACUUCAUUUACUUUUAUUUGGGGCAGGUAGCCAUUCUUCUAUUCAAAUCAGGAUGA